GCUGUAACGUACGUACGAUGCAUCCACCACGUGCUGCUUCAUUCUCUCUUUCUUCUCAAUCUCCUUCUUCUCCUCCGUCUUCAACGAUUCUUCUAUCGCCAUGCCAUUGAAACCCUCUUAGCUAUAGCCAUAGCCAUGGAAUACACAAGUUGGCCUGAAUUGCAGCAAAUGCAAACUCAAAAUCCGCCCUCCUCUUACCAACAACCCUCAUCAUAUCCUCAUGCAUCAUCUUUUACUACCCAUUACCUCUCUUACCCUCAAAACCCUAACCCUAACUCAUCUUACUCUAUCCCUCAAUCUGCUACUGUUCUCGAACCUUCCCUCAACCCUCCUGGGGUUGAUUCAUAUAUCCCAUUGAACUCCACUAACCCGAUUACCCAUUUGGGUCACGAAACCCUUCCCAAUUUAUCGUACGGUCAAAGCCAUGUUGUGGCUGAUUCGAACUCGUUGGUGGCAUCUUCUGGCUUCUACUUCGACCCAAAUUCUCAGAAUUGGGCUGCAAGAGAAGCUGUUAGGCAAUAUGGUACUGACCCUGCUACCUAUGCACCUGGCAUCUCAAUGCCAUCAAAUGGCUCAGAACAAUUGGCUAUGGAAAAUCCUAACUCCACUUGGUGGACAAAUACCGUAACUCAACUUCAUAGCAAUGGAACAUGGAAGAAACACCAAAAGAAAGUUAAAACUAAGAUUGUGCACUCCGCUUAUUGUGAAGUUUGCAAAGUAGAUUGUACCAGCAAGGAAGUACUAGACCAGCAUAAAUUAGGAAAGAAGCACAAGAAGAACUUGGAUAAACUAAGAGAAUCAUUGAAACCAACCCAAGUUGAACCGGCUGGGUCAUCUAGUCCUGUUAUAGGACCCCAAUUACCGAACGAGAAGAGCAAAUCUAUCAGUGGGCAUAAGAGUAAGCGGAAAACAGUUGAAACUGCAGAGGAUUUGGAGAAAAAGAAAAAGAAGGUUCUUGAUGGGGGGGCAGCAGCUGAAGCAGUUAGAAUAUGUGGUAUAUGUAACGUGGUUUGUAAUAGUGAAACAGUUUAUAAUUAUCAUCUUGCAGGACAAAAGCAUGCUGCUAUGCUGAAGAAAGCAUCUAAUCAUACAUAAUCCAAUGCCAGUUGAAAUUUUCCCCUUUAUUGAAGGAACAUUAUAUUUGUGACAUUUUCUUAGCAUAUCUCCUUUGAGCAUUUGAAUAGAAUGUUCAUUGCUUAAUUUUUAAUUUUAAUAUGAAAUGGGUUGAGUAUAUACACUUGCAUU